UUUCGCGCGUGCACGAUAAAGCGAUUUUGUUUGGGUGAAUGGCGGAGACUUCUACGACGUGGAAGAAACAACAACCUCAUUCGUACUCAAAACCAACCAAAAUCUCGGCAGCUUGAUGUCUGUGGACUGUGGUAUCUGGAAAGCAGACGAGAAUCUUGACAGAACCCAUUCUUCCAUAUUCUCAGAAUCAUACGAAGACGAUGGCCAUGACUAUGCGUUUCUCCUGCCGACACUUAUUCCUUGCUCUCAGAAAAGAGAGAGAAUUGAUGAGAAUACCGUUUGCAGGUGGUAUUAUAUCAACUGGCAGAAAUGGGACUUUUCCCAGCAUAUUCAAAUGGGCAGUUCCUUGUCAGAUAUCUGUGAAGUCUGUGCAAACAAAGGCUCAUAUAAAGUUCCCACAAAACUCAUCUGGAAGUAAAGAAAAUGCUUUUUUGAGAGACAAGAAGACGGUUCCUUAUUCAGACCCUCCAAGUAGAGAUGAUGUUAACCGCCUGUAUGAAUUGUUUGAUAGGAGUAAGAAGGUUGUUGUUUUGACUGGAGCAGGGAUAAGCACAGAGAGCGGUAUUCCUGAUUACAGAAGCCCAAAUGGAGCAUAUAGCACAGGUUUCAAACCGAUUACUCACCAGGAGUUUCUCCGCUCAGUUCGGGCACGAAGACGUUACUGGGCAAGGAGCUAUGCUGGUUGGAGACGGUUCACUGCAGCACAGCCUAGUGCUGCUCAUAUGGCCUUAAGCUCUCUUGAAAACGCGGGCCACAUUAGUUAUAUGAUUACACAGAAUGUAGACAGGCUGCAUCAUCGUGCUGGAAGUGACCCGCUUGAAUUGCAUGGUACCGUAUAUACUGUUAUUUGUACGGAUUGUGGUUAUACUCUAGCUCGUGAUCUAUUUCAAGAUCAAGUGAAGGCUCUUAAUCCAAAGUGGGCUGAGGCAAUUGAAAGUUUGGAGUAUGACAGCGGGUCGGACAAGAGUUUUGGAAUGAAACAAAGGCCUGAUGGAGAUAUUGAGAUUGAUGAGAAAUUCUGGGAGGAGGAUUUCCAUAUUCCUGUUUGCCCAAAAUGCAAUGGAUUAUUGAAACCAAAUGUUGUCUUCUUCGGAGAUAAUGUCCCCAAAGGGAGAGCUGAUUCGGCAAUGCUAGCUGCCAAGGAAUGCGAUGCUUUUGUUGCACUGGGUUCUUCUUUGAUGACCAUGUCUGCAUUCCGGCUAAUUAGAACUGCACACGAGGUCGGUGCUGCCACUGCAAUUGUAAAUAUCGGUGUAACACGAGCCGAUGAUUUUGUACCUCUGAAAAUCAAUGCCCGACUUGGAGAGAUACUUCCGAGAUUGCUUGACAUUGGAUCCCUUGCUAUCCCUGCCAUUUAAUCCCAGUUCUCUGAAAGCGAGGUAUCAAUACCAUUCAAACAGCCACUUUGAUCUUGGAAAUGGUCUUAAGGUGCACAGGCAAUCCCAUCAUUCACGUAUUCUUUUUAUAUACAUAGUUCCUUUCAUACUCGAGUUUCAACUAGACCCUAAUUGGGAGAGCUCUUAUAACAUCGAUCUGAACCCAAAACCUCGUACUUGGACCACAACUCCACAAGUUUGUCGUGAUUUGCAUAUCUUAUUGUCGUUAUUUGUCUGUCGUGUGUUGUCCAAGCAUAACAAGCCCCUCGUGUUUGCCUGUAUUGUUCCAUUUUGGAUCAAGAUUCCUGAUCCUUGUUGUACCAAUUGUAGUAUAGCCAUUGUUAUUGGGACUACAACAUUUUUGUUACCUCUGGCAGUAAGGCUUAUGGUGCCACUCCCAUACAUUUUUC